UUCUCUGCCUGCGACUUCUGGGGAGCGGAUCGCAGUUUGAGGAUCGCGGCCAGGAUGGCGCUGCGCUCUCUGUCGCUCCUGGUGUUGGUGGGGGUCGCCCUGCGGGAGAGCUGCCUCGGCACCUCCUCGCACUCCAUGAAGUAUUUCUACACCAUCAUCUCGGACCCCAGUCAGGGGCUGCCUCAAUUUGUCUCUGUGGGGUACGUGGACGGUCAGGCCUUUGUUUACUAUGACAGCAACAGCCGGAGGAGGGAGCUUCGAGUCUCCUGGAUGGAGAAGGUGGGGAAGGAGGAUCCCCAAUAUUGGGACAGAAACACCCAGAGAGCCCGUGGGAAUGAGGAGACGUCCAGAGAAAACCUGGAGAUUCUGAGGCUUCGCUACAAUCAGAGCGAAGGUGAGUGA